ACCUCCACACUCCGCCCCGGCCGCCAUUGCCUCGUGCCCGCGCUGGUCGGUUGGUGGCGCCUUUGUCCUACGGCGGGCAGGUGGGCUGAGGCCGAGGCGGGAGCGGCGGGCCUGAGGCCGGGGAGCAGCGGGGAGGCGGCCGCGCUGGUAGCGAUAUUAAUAAGGCAGCGGAAAGAAGAAAUAUGAAUACGGCUCCAUCAAGACCCAGCCCCACACGAAGGGAUCAAUAUGGUUUUGGAGAUAGUCGAGAUACAAGGCGUGAUCGCUCUCCAAUUCGAGGAAGUCCAAGGCGAGAAUCCAGGGAUGGCAGAAAUGGACGGGAUGCCCGGGAUAGCAGAGACAUUCGAGACCCUCGGGAGUUGCGGGACCACAGAGACAGCCGGGACAUUCGGGAUCACAGAGACAGCAGAAAUAUACGUGAUGCUAGGGACCUGAGGGAUUUUCGGGACUUCCGUGAUCUAAGAGACUCUAGAGAUUUUCGAGAUCAUCGAGACCCUGUGUAUGACAGAUACAGAGACAUAAGAGACUCCCGAGACCCUCUGUACAGGAGAGAAGGGUCUUAUGACCGCUAUCUGAGGAUGGAUGACUAUUACCGGAGAAAGGAUGACUCUUACUUGGACCGGUACAGAGACAGCUUUGACGGAAGAGGUCCUCGUGCAAAAGAGCGUUUGAAACGUGAGGAACGACGUAGAGAGGAGCUUUAUCGUCAGUAUUUUGAGGAGAUCCAGCGGCGCUUUGAUGCUGAGAGGCCUGUGGACUGCUCUGUUAUUGUGGUCAACAAACAGACUAAAGACUAUGCUGAGUCUGUGGGGCGGAAGGUACGAGACCUCGGCAUGGUCGUGGACCUGAUCUUCCUCAACACCGAGGUGUCGCUGUCACAAGCGCUGGAGGACGUCAGCCGAGGAGGGUCCCCCUUUGCCAUUGUCAUCACCCAGCAGCACCAGAUCCACCGCUCGUGCACAGUCAACAUCAUGUUUGGAACUCCACAAGAGCAUCGCAACAUGCCCCAGGCAGAUGCCAUGGUGCUGGUGGCCAGAAAUUAUGAGCGCUACAAGAAUAACCGUCGGGAGAAGGAACGUGAGGAGAUUGCCCGACAGGCAGCCAAGAUGGCUAAUGAAGCCAUUCUCCAGGAAAGAGAUCGUGGAGGCCCUGAGGAGGGAGGUCGUGGGGGGCACCCUCCAGCCAUGCAGAGCCUCAUCAACCUCCUGGCAGACAACAGAUACCUCACUGCCGAGGAGACAGACAAGAUCAUCAACUACCUGCGGGAGCGGAAGGAGCGGCUCCUGAGGAGCAGCGCCGACUCUCUGCCUGGCCCGAUUUCCCGCCAGCCACUCGGGGCGGCCUCGGGUACCUCGCUGAAGACACAAGCAAGUUCCCAACCGCUUCAGAGCGGCCAAGUGCUCCCCUCUGCUACACCCACUCCAGCCGCACCCCCCACCUCCCAGCAAGAGCUUCAGGCCAAAAUCCUCAGCCUCUUCAAUAGUGGCACGGUUGCGGCCAACAGCAGCUCUGCAUCCCCCUCAGUUGCUGCCGGAACCUCCCAGAACCAGAAUUUUUCCACAGCAGCAAACAGCCAGCCUCAGCAAAGACCACAGGCCUCAGGAAACCAGCCUCCAAACAUGGUGGGACAGGCAGGGUCUGCUCGGAACAUGGGCCCCAGGCCUGGGGCUCCUCCUUCCCAAGGGCUCUUCGGUCAGCCUUCCAGUCGCCUGGCACCUGCCAGCAACAUGGCUAGCCAGAGGUCUGUCUCUUCCACAGGUAUUAACUUUGACAAUCCGAGUGUGCAGAAGGCUCUGGACACCCUGAUCCAGAGUGGCCCUGCCCUCUCCCACCUGGUGAGCCAGACUGCAGCACAGGUGGCACGGCCCCAGGCCCCCAUGGGCUCUUACCAGAGGCAUUACUGAGGCUCCAGCGGUCGGUCCACUGUCCUUAGUCCCUUUCCCUCCCACUUCAUCCUAAGUAGAGAUGUUUGGAAGUGGUGUUCACACUCUCCGGAGGGGUCGACAUCAGAUAUCCUAAGUUUCUCGCUCCGCUCCUUCCUGCGGCUGUUGCUUACCACUUAACAGAAUCAGAACUUAGACUGCUCUCGGAGCUGUAUCUUUUGUUUGGGUAGAAAAUAAGUAUCCCUGGAGUCUAGGCUCAGCUUUUGUCUGAUGGGGUUGCUCUGGUCCCUGCUUGGUGGAUUUGAAGGAAAAAAAAGGAAGAAGCCAAACCCUGGCUGCCCCAGUUUUUGGAGCACCAUUUGUGGAGUCAGUGGUCACAGCCUUUGUUUCCACCUCCACACAUGAGCUAGAACUGAGCUGCCUGGCUCACAGAGGAUCAGGUUGGCCUCGGCAGGCAGUGUCAUCACUGUCUCAUCAGAGAACGGAACUCCACUCAGGACUCAGAUUGGCUACUCGGAAUUGGGGAAGAGCGCCAUGGCAGCCGCAGAAGAGAGGACUCUUGUGCCUGCGUCAGAAUGGUCCCUUGGGGGUGGUUGGUUUUGUAGUUUUCCAUUUUCCUGGAGGGUCUCCAGAUGAGUGAGCGGCUCACUCAGCACUUUGACGUGAACUGUGACUGGGACCCACUGCUCCCCACAGCGUUAGUCAGCACCUUUCUGUCCAGCAGCACCCGGUUGGUCAGUCGGUAAGCACUGAGAGGGCAGCUCCAGACUCUGGCACUGGACACCAUGUUUCCAGUGGUUUAUUCUUUGCCCCGGGCUUUUGUGUUCCUCCAGACCCCUGUUCCCUUUCUGAUGAGUAGGGACCAUUGAUGUGGGACUGUGGGAGCUGGAGAUGUCCUCAGACAGCAUUCGUAACUUCUGAGACAGAGGGCACUUGGGCACUUGGAGGGCUCUGGCUGCCACCUUGAAUGGAGCCAAAGGAAUGCACCUUUUCCUUUGGCAAAGACUGCUCAUUAGAACCCUGUGGAUCAAAUCUGGGGGAGAGGAGGGCCUGGCAAGGCAAGCAAGUGGUAGCUCCAGCUGAGUCCCUUGCCAGGGCCUGAGCAAACCAGUUUCAAAAUCCAAGGUCCCCAAAUGGCAGCAGUUUAUGUUCUGAUCUGUUCGUGUUAAAUGGUGGGUUUUUUCCCCCUCUUUGGAACUCUUGUGUUGUUGAUAAAAUGAAAUAAUUACUUUUUAAUUAAAAUAAGAAAGUCAGA